AUGUAUGGCGUCAUCGACGACAAACCGCUGCGGUUCCGCAACGAGGUCUACCAUCCUUACCACUUCAGUUGCACCACCUGCGGGGUCGAGCUCAACUCCGACGCGAGGGAAGUCCGCUCGAGAGCCGGAUACGCGGCCAACGAAUUGAACGAGCUGUAUUGCCUGAGGUGCCACGACAAGAUGGGCAUACCGAUCUGCGGAGCUUGUCGUCGACCGAUCGAGGAGCGGGUGGUCACUGCUCUUGGAAAACACUGGCACGUGGAGCAUUUCGUCUGCGCCAAGUGUGAAAGGCCCUUCUUGGGGCAUCGGCAUUACGAGAAAAAGGGCCUCGCCUACUGCGAGACUCACUACCACCAGUUGUUUGGGAAUCUUUGUUACGUGUGCAAUCAGGUCAUCGCUGGGGAUGUUUUCACCGCGUUGAACAAGGCCUGGUGCGUCCACCACUUUGCCUGUGCCUUCUGCGACCAAAAGAUGAACCAGAAGACGAAAUUUUUCGAAUUCGAUCUGCGGCCCGCUUGCAAAAAGUGUUACGACAAGUUCCCGACCGAGCUCAAGAAACGACUACGCCGCAUGCACGAUUUCACCUCCAAGAGGGCACCUACCACCACGACGGCAUCAUCAUGAAAGUAAAGGACGCGGCUCGACAUUUUUACAAUUUAAAGAUUUCUAUUGCCAUAUAGUGUGUAACAUAUUUACAUAUGAAUAACGUUUUUAAAUCAAUUUUUACAAUUUGUCGCGCGAGUAACAUACAAUCGCUUGUUUCGGUCAGAUUCAUCCGUCAAAAUAGUUUUUUUAACAAAAGUUUAGUAUAAUACAUAUACGUAACAUUGAGUGAGAGUGCGUGCUGUUUAAUAUUUGUGUUGUUGGCUUCCCCAACGUAUAAUUAUAAACUCACGACAACUUGAGCGUGAAAUAACUCUCUUGCUCGGUAAAUGAGUUUUGUUGUUGACAUAGUAAUAAAUAAUAAAGUGCUUUUACAGUAAUUAUUUAACAAA